AUGUCUUCUGCUAAGGAAGCAGCCAACGAGUAUAAAUUGACGUUGGAUGAAUUGGUGAACAAUAAUAAAACACAAAUAAACCUGCUGACCAUUCUUGCUGAAGAUUACCAACAACACGCAGCCGCCAUAGUUGAGACUAUAGAGAAGCAAAUCUUCAUCGUGCCGAAAGCGCAGAAAUUGCCUAUUAUGUACGUCGCGGAUUCAAUAAUGAAAAACGUUCCUAAUAGCGACUAUAGGGAUCUGUUCGCUAAGAUUAUUGUUCGCGUUUUCCUCCAUGUCUUUUUAGAGGGCGAUGAAGCUGUUCGCUCGGCAAUGUAUCGCCUUCGGCAGACUUGGGGUGACAUAUUCAACCGGUCAAAGCUCUAUCAGCUGGACAUCAAAGUGAACGAAGUUGAUCGAGCGUGGCCGCUCACUGCAUUAAAGCAAGGCGCAAAACCUCCUGUGAUAACGAAUCCGGCACCAGUCACGGCGCCAACAACCACUGUGCCAUUGGCUAACAAAUCAGUUCACGGGAAAGUCCACGUCAAUCCAAAGUUCAUUCAGAACAACGGACAAAAUACCUCGGUAUUCGAUUUCGUACUGAUGCCCUUGUUCCCAAUAAAAUAUAAUUUUUUUACUUAUUUCAGUAAGGACGGUGUUGUCAAACCAACUCCAAUUGUUGGUUCCCAUGCGUUUACGGUACAAGCUAAGACUUCGCUGAACAGAGCUCAGCAACAGCUCCCUCUUCAAGGGCGGUCAUCACCUGUAUCUAAUGGCCUUCCGAUCUCUGCAGCCCAUGUGCCACAACAUCCAGCAACAGGGAAUGGUCUCCCGAUGCCGCCAACAUUCCAUGUACAGACCACGAUUUCAAAUUCUGGAGUUGCUGGUCCAGGUGGUCUUCCAAUGCCUCCAAACUAUAUUAUAACAGCGGAAGUACCAACUAAAUUGGAUAUACCGUCCAACAACCGAAUUUUCGUUGACGGGAAAGCACACGAAGUGGAGUACGUGAACGAUAUUGCUGUGAUAGAGCGCAAUGGUUUACCUCACAAGAUAUUUUUCGCUGGGACACCACGAAAUGUUAUAUUAGACGGUGUACCUCACCUGUUACAUUUUGGCGAGUCAAAAGCGGUAGUAAUUGAUGGCCAAGAGCACAUCUUACGCUUUGGAGCACCUAGUCGAGAGUUAUAUUUGAAUAACUUCGCAUUCAGAGGGCAGUUUGGCGGUGCACCCAUUGUUGCCACUAUAAAUGGUCGACGACACGAAAUUCGCUUAGCGGGUCCAGCACCAGAUGUCAAGAUAAAUCCUGAUCCAGCUUAUGAACUAACUGCUGAGCUGAAUCGAAUUCGUGCAAGCAAAAGCGAAAACAAGCCAGUGGAACGAAGGUCAAUUCCUACGGCUCCGUUGAAAGAAUUCAAUAUGCGAACCCUUAAAAUUCGAUAUGACACUGUUGUUGAUGCUCUUCAUGAAAAGCAGCAGAAUGCAUGUCCACACUGUGGCCAAAGAAUGGAAUUGCGUGGUGAACGAUAUGAACGGCAUCUGGACUGGCAUGUGAAGCGGAACUUGAAGACGUUUGAGAAGACUAACACUAGUCGUCCAUGGUAUGCAAGUAGCAAGAGAAGCCGUCAACAGAGUGCGUUUGAUAUUUCUUUAGUUUUUGAUGUGUCUUUCUUUCAUGUUAAAUGUUUUAAGGUUCAGUAUUUCUGUCGUUUUUUUGGAAAUAUACGAUUUUUUUUUAUUCAGAACUGUGUCGUUUGUUGUGAGGAAUUUGAGGAGUAUUGCGACGAAGAUGACGACGGGGUUUGGAAACUUAAAGAUUGUAUUAUAGUAAAUAAUCAGGUAUGUCUUUUUUAG